AUGGAGGAGCGUAUCAAUCAGACGACGCCGCCCGCAGAAGGGCCAGGUUGGUGGUGGACACACCUCAAGGCCAUCGUUUGCAAAGGCGAGUCGAGGCUGACAGAGGUGGUGGGCCACCUGCCGCCCGGGCGGACGGUCUUCGUGCAGGAGCUGCGGAAUGAUCGCGCCUUCAUCCGUGAGCCGGUGGAGGGCUGGGUCCCUCUGCGGUCUCCCAGUGGGCAGGUGGUCCUCGCGCAACAGGCACCUGCCGUCUCCGAGCCACGCAUCGAGGCGCGGGAGGACUUGCGCCCGGCGUGGGAGGACUUGCACCCCGUGCCGGGCAGCCUCCACGUGAAGCGCUCGAGCAUGCCGGAGCUGCGACGUGGCAAGGGCUCCAGUAAUUUGGCACGGGACUGGGAGGAAUGGCUGCAACAGGCGCGAGAGAGGCAGAAAGGUGGGAGGCUGGAGGGGAGGGAGGUGGAGAAGAGAAUAGAAGUAGAGCCUGAAACCUUGGAAAAGAAGGAUGAGAAGAGCAUCCUUGAGGCCACGCCAGGCACUUUGGAGAGGAGGGCGGCAUCUGGGAUUUCGGGAAAGGAAGAGAAGAGUUUGGGCGAGGCAGUUCCAGGGACACUGGAGAGGAAAACCGUGCCUGGGAUGGAGAAGGAGAAAGCCCUAGCAGAGGCAGCACCUGGCACCUUGGAGCAGGAGGAGACCAUUGUGGCUGAGGCAGUGCCAGAUACCUUGGAGAAUGAGGAGGUGAAGGAGGGUGAGGGCGACCAAGAGAGGUUGGAACAGCAGGAGCAGAGCGUCGUUGAGGCACUACCUGCAGCCGAGAAGCAGGAUGAGAUCAAGAAGACUCAGACAUUUGAGGAAGAGGUCGAGGAGCUCCUGGCCCACAAGCAGUUCUUGGGCAUCCAGAGCCAAAAGCCGCGAGAGGCUGAGCCAGCGGAGUUGCCCAAAGAGAGGCCUGAGAUCACAGAGCAUCCGAAGGCAAGACAAUGA